AUGACCGCGCGCGGCGCCGCCGGGCGCUGCCCUCCCACGACAUGGCUGGGCCCCCGGCUACUGCUGGUCUGUCUCCUGGUGAACAGGAGUAUCACCGAGGAGGAGUCGAAACACUGUAGUCACAUGAUCGGGGACGGACACCUACAGCUGCUGCAGCAAAUGAUCGACAGUCAGAUGGAGACGGGAUGCAAAAUCCCCUUUCAGUUUGUGAAUGAGGAUCAGCUGGAAGACCGCGUGUGUUACAUUAAGAAAGCCUUUUCCUUGGCACAAGACAUCAUGCAGGAAACCAUCAGCUUCAAAGACAACACUGCCAACGCCAUCGCCCUGGUGAAGCUCCUGGAGCUCUCCGUGAGGCUGAAGGACUGCUUCCCCCAGGUCUCCGAGGAGCACGACACGGCCUGUGUCCGAAACUUCUCGGAGUCACCCCUCUGGGCGCUAGAGAAGAUCAAGAACGUCUUUAACGAAACGAAGAACCUCCUUAAAACAAACCAGAGCAUUUUCAGCAAGAACUGCAGCGACAGCUUUGCCAAGUGCACCGUCCCAGGACACAGCAAAGGGCCUGGCACACAUGUGGUGACCACGCCUGAUUGCAACUGCCUGUACCCCAAAGCCACCCCUAGCAGUGACCCGGCCUCUGCCUCCCCUCAGCAGCCCCUUGCCCCCGCCACGGCCCCUCUGGCUGCCUUGCCCUGGGCUGGCUCGGAGGGGACCGAGGACAGCUCUCUCUUGCCCAGUGAGCAGCCCGCCCGCACAGAGGACCCGGGCAGCGCCAAGCAGCGACCGCCCCGGAGCACAUGCCAGACCUUUGAGUCACCGGGGACCCCAGGCGCCGAGGGAGGCCCCGUCGGAGGUUCCCCUGAGCCCCCUGGAGCCGCCGUCUCUGGGACAGAGGACAUUCUCAACUCCGUGCUGGGCGCUAACUGGGCCCUGGAAGAGGCCUCUGGAGAAGCUAGUGAGGGCCCUGCACCCCGAGGCCCAGAGCCCGCCCCCUCCGGGCGGGGAGGAGGCAGCGUGCAGGCCGAGGCCGUCCGACACAGCAACCUCAUCUCAGCGUCUCUACUCCGCGGACCAGCCAAGAGCCAGCUGCCAGCGGGCGUAACUGACGAGCCGUCCUCCACCCCCCGGGCCGGCGAGCCCGUCCUCCGCCCCCUGCUGCUGUCCGGCGGCGGCGUCGUCGUCGUGCUAGUCCUGGUCCUGCUGGCCGUGGGCGGGCUGCUGCUCCACAGGCGGCGGCGGCGGAGCCACCGAGAGCUAUGGAUCAUGGAUUCUUCCUGGGAGCAGCCAGAGGGCAGCCCCCUGGCCCAGCCUGAGGACAGACGGGUGGAGACGCCGGUGUAG